AUGAGUGGCAGAGCCGGCUACGCCAACGGAUACGGAUACUCCGACUCCAGCCGGUAUGGCGGCACCGAUGGGAGUUACACCGGCAACAAUAACCUCGGGGUGAAUAACUAUGGCAGUGGCGGUGGUGGUGGAGGAGGACGAGAGCGUCGCCCGGGUGGCUACGGUGGUUUUUACCCGGAAGAGUCCCAGCAACCUGCUUUAGCAGCAUCCCGCUCGCCGGAGAGACCGCGCGACAGAUGGGACCAGGAUCGCGGCUACUCGUCCUCACGGUCACGGACUCGCGAUGGCGAGUCGGAAGGCAGGCUGCCGAGCUCUCGCGAUGGUAGAGCCCCUGAAGAGUCCAGCUGGUUGGCGCCCGAAAGUCGGAAGAGAAGUCCCCCAUGUCGCCAGGAGCGGUGCGAGGUUUUGCAAUCCGUCCAGCGCGAUUGGGAUUUUGUUGCCUCCGACGACUGUGUGCCGGUCCAAGUGGCCUUGCAAUUGAUGGACACAAGUACAUUAGGCAAAGCAGAACGCGAGCCAGAUUUUCUACUCAUGCGCGAUCGAAUACAAAAGACUCUGAAAUCCGUUGUCAACGAACAUCACCAGGGAUUCAACAGCUCUAUCGGUACAUACCACAAAAUACAGAGUAGUAUACAAAGCUCUCAGGGUCGUGUACGCGCUCUCAAGAACGCGUUAGAGGGAGCGAAAUCCGGACUUCUCUCGACUAAGCCUGAGUUAAAAGGACUGGCAACAUCGUCGCAGAACUACGACGACAUCAUUCAAUUAUUCAGCCAGAUUGAAGAGAUACAAUCACUCCCCGAGAAGCUGGAGUCCCGGAUAUCGGAUAAGCGGUUUCUUGCAGCGGUCGAAGUACUCCACGAUGCGUUCCGCCUUCUGCGGCGAUCCGAACUGGACAACAUCGGCGCCCUCGCAGACAUUCGUGCCUAUUUCGCGAACCAAGAAUCAUCUUUGACGGACAUUUUGGUGGAGGAGCUGCAUGAUCACUUGUACCUCAAAUCUCCUUACUGCUCUGGUAGAUGGAAACCACCGACGCCAGAGGGAGAAAGCAAUAACGGCAACCCUACUAACUGGGUCGGCAUCAAUACCUGGGAGAGGCCCGUACAUGCUUUUCUUGCAAAGCUGGACGCUUCAACUCCAAUGGUGGAAGACGCUUCUCGGAAUCCAGAGGCAGAUACAUUUCACUACAUCCAGUUAUUGAUUGAGUCCCUGAACAAAAUGGGUCAUCUGGACAUCGCGGUGGACCGAAUUGAACAACGGCUUCCAGUCGAGCUUUUCACAGUGGUUGACAAGACGAACGCGGAAAUUGAUGCACGCUACCCGAACCUGACUCGUGGCUUUUCGUCGCAGGAUAGCAAAUCCGCGCUCCCCACAGAGAUCAUUGAAGAGCGCGGCCAUGUCCUUAUGGAAUUCUUGUGGACAUUGUAUGCCAAGUUUGAAGCUAUUGCUGAAGGCCAUCGUGUCGUUCAUGAUGUGAUCUCUGGAAUAGUUGAACGCGAAGCGAUCCCUAAAAGCAGCGCACUUGCGGGCGGAUUUAAGGAGCUUUGGAAGCUCUAUCAAAGCGAGAUCCGUAGCCUGAUGCACGACUAUCUGGCAACGGAUGGAGAAUCGUCCUUGCGUCCAGGCGAGGAUGCUGAUAAUAAGCGCAUGCUAUACGCCGGCCUCAGAGAUAAGAACAAGAAAAUGUUCAAAUUGUCUGAAGCCGAUGGGUCUACAGAGAUGAAGGCCGAGCAAGACGAGUUGGAUGAGAUCCUUCGGUCAUCCGUCCCUGGUUUAGUGUCGAAGACAAGGCAGAAAUCUGCCGCCAGUGACAUGCCUUCUUCACGACAGGCUGGAACGGGGCAUAAGAUUCUUAUUGAACCUAGCGUGUUCAACAUGAGUCUGCUUCUGCCUCCCUCCCUGUCCUUCAUCCAACGUUUAAAAGAGAUCGUUCCCGUGGAUUCGGACAUCGCAAUGAGCUCCUUGACGACAUUCUUGGAUGACUUCCUUGUCAAUGUGUUCCUCCCUCAACUGGACGAAACUGUCACGGACUUGUGUACUCUCAGUUUCAUCGCCGCCGAUGCUUUCAUGCAGGAUCCCCAGUGGUCAACCGUGGCUCCUCGCCCGAUUUUCAAGGGAACUGUCAAAUUCAUGUCUAUCGUCCGCGAGUUCAGUAAGAUGCUGUCUAGCAUCCCUCCUGACCAAGCCUUUUCGCAACUCCUCAUCACUCAAAUCAUGACAUACUAUGACAAGUGUUGUGGCUGGUACAGAGCCAUGGUGACAAAGGUUUCGGCUCGUGAUAAUAAUACUGUGCGGCUCAGAGCCGCAGCGCAAUAUGCCGAAUCUGGUGAUAUCCGCGAUGUGGUCAACGAGUUGUGGACAAAUGAUACUAGCAACAAGCAGAAGCUCAUAGACAAGGAAACUGAUCUCCUCCUUCAACAAACAACCAAAGUGCCUUUGGAGCCGUAUGACAUCAUAUCAGACCCCAAAACUGUUGUCUCUCUGUCACUUCUUUACAACAGCAUGCAAUGGCUUGCAAGCCAUCUCUCCAAACUCCGGCAAAUAACGCAACCCAGUCCAGAGACUCGGCAGUCACAAUCUGAAAGUCGACCAAACCGCAGAUGGACCUUAAUUGGAGCAAUGAAGCCAAAGCGCGAUAGUAUUAACCAGCCGGUCUACCUCCCGCUUAACCAAGAGACCGCCACCGUUUUUGACACUACGCUCCAGUCACUGCGGGAUCUUGCAACUGCGGCCCUCUUUGCUUUGCACAUAGAUAUCAGAUGUGGCGUCAUCCACAUGCUCACCCGGACAAUGUCCGGCCCCAACCCUCAAAAUAUCAGCCACGCAGAGCCGGCGACGCCGUCGCCGUCAAAUACCAAUCGGUGGCAUAUCCUUCUGAACCAACCAACAGCAGCGUCGCCCACUGUUCUUGAGUUGAACAAUGACUUGAUCGCCUUCGACACGAACAUGUCCACGUACUUGGGACCCAGUGAGCGGUGGUUCAUCAAAUCGGGCCUCGCGAGAUUUAUCGAUCAGACAUUCGUUUCUACUACUCGCCACAUUGGUGCAAUGAACGAAAACGGUGCUUUGCGGCUUCAGCUGGACGUGCUUGUUCUCCAGCAAAAUCUGAAGAACAUCAUCAUUGAUCCAACCACCGAGACUGCCAACGAUGAUCGUCAGCCCAGGCGGGGGCGUGAGGAGCAUCAGGAAACGGUGGCUCUUCCUCGCAGCGCCAAGUUCCUCGACUGGUUCAUGGAAGGUGCUGAGAAGGCCUUGGAUUACGCAAAGGAGGAAAAGGAAUCGUUCGCCGAGCAAGGCGAAAAGGCAUUGGCCGCAGGAAACGGCGAACCGUUCACCUACGAUGAGCUCAAGGUGCUCAUCGACCUCUGCUUCUCGGAUAUCCUCCAUGGCCCGAGAGGAGACGAGAACCGGGAAGAUUUUAUGACUGCGAAGAAAGCAAGCGCAGACGCGCUGCUGAGGCUGAACGAGAUCAUGUGGGAUUCUCGGUAA